ACACGUGGCUGUAAUCCAUAACUGAUUAAAACACUUUUGAUUUUCACUCGUGGAUGGUCAUGUUGUCAGUUAACAAGUGCAUUUUAUGGUCUUUCCUUGUGUCACUCGCCUUUUUUUUCAAAUCAGCGCUCGAACUCAUCCGAUUUCAUUUGGUAUAUAUUAGCAAUACAAAUUGUCGUUUCCUCAACUGUGCUCUUGUCCUGUGCCCUUAUUUUAUUUUUCUUGUUGUUCAUAACCCAUUUUACAAUUCCGUGGUUAGUGAUUGGGCCUUUGAGCAGAGGCAAGGCCGCAGUUGUCAUACAAGCCUUGUGACUUCAAAUAUAAACUAUCCUGUUAUCAUGCUAACUUGGGUCUAAUCUCAAUCAUCACAAGGUCAAGCCAAACCUCGCUUUCAUACACAGGCUUGGUUACAUUUCAUAGAACUGGAAAAUGGUCUAUUGGUUUGCUUCUUUUAAUAAACAAAAGUUGAAAUUUGUGUUUGUUAAUUUAUGUUAGGAAAUGCUUAACAAAACAAGAGAGAAAUUCAGUGGUGUCCAACUUGAAGUGAACGGAAGAAUUCUGGAUUCCUGCACAGCACUAAUGGAGGCAAUCAAGGUGUUGAUAAUGAAGUCUAAAGUAUUGCAAAAGGAAAUUGUCCACGAAGGCAAGGGCUCAGCUACUGCGAAAGAAUUCUACAAGCGUCAUCAUCGCUGGACAGAGGGUCUGAUUUCAGCUGCUAAGGCUGUUGGUUGGGGAGCCAAGGUGCUUGUUGACUCGGCUGAUAAAGUUGUCCAGGGACAAGGCAAGUUCGAAGAAAUCGUCGUGGCUUCCAAUGAAAUUACAGCAAGUACAGUGCAACUGGUAGCUGCUUCGAGAGUCAAGGCUCGACAGACAAGCGCUGGUUUAGCAGGUCUACAGGGGGCUUCCAGAAAUGGUAUGUUGACGUCAGUGUAAAGCACCAGAUAGAAACUACAAGAACUGCUGCCUCAGCUUCAGUUUUCUCUGACAUGUACCA